AUGCUUAAUAAAUAUCAUAGUUAUAAUUAUGGUAACAUUAAUAAUAUCCUAUCUUCUAUUUUAUUGCCAACUUUAAAAUUAACACAUUUACUUAAAUUUUCCUCAUUAAUAGGUGGUCCAAAAACCGGUUCCACAAAAACCGAAAAGUGCAAUAAUUUGAGAAUAUACCUAUCUCAAUUAAUGCACUUUACUAAACCUCUUCAAAUUGUGUCUAUUGAUACAGGAUUGGUCAACUUUGCAUGGUCACAAUUUCUUUUAACUGAUGAAGAGAAACAACCACUUUUGAGCCAGUGGGGGAAACUGAAUUUAUAUAGAAAAUUCUUUAAUGAGGUAAUCCCAGAGGGCACCAAAUUUUCGCCAUUGGAUACAUCUUAUCUGACCUCGCAAUUGACUAAUUUCAUUUUGAAUGAAUCCAAAAUAUCUACAAAUAUUCUUUAUACUAUAGAAAGGCAAAGGCUGCGUACCAACAGCUCUAAAUUUGUGACUGACCCAAUUUUAAAUGUUAAUAUCUUAGAACAUUUACUAUUUUAUGCUUUAAAAAAUUUGAGCCCUGGUCAUGACACUCUAUAUCAGAAUAACUUUGUUAUUUCAUCUGAUCCUGGAAGAAUGACAAACUAUUGGUUAGCUAAUCAAAGAUUCAAUUCCAAAGAUUCAAAAAAAUUAAGAAUAGCAACAGCUGUUAAUCUGUUAGCUUAUAGUCAGAAUACAGGCAACUUGUUUAAAAUCGAUUCUGAAUUAUCUAACAAAAUGUUGACUUUGAAAGAGAAUAAAUUAAAGAGUAAACAUGGAAUUCUAUUCGAUACACUGGAAAUGAAUCAAAUGCUUAACGGGAAACGCAAGGAUGAUGAUUUAGUCGAUUCCUUUUUACAUGGACUAUCAUGGUCUACGUGGAUACAAACCUAUAAAAAUUUAUUAUAUGAGAUCGAUCAAAAUGGCGGUGAAAGAUUCCCAUUGUCUAAAUGGAUAGAUUUUAGUUGGCAUCAACAUAUUAAACUGUUGGAUUUAAUCAAAGAAACUUAA